AUGAGCAUGCAACGUCAAGAAAACCGGUGCCAAAUCUUUAAGGAGUGUGCAAGAGUAAACCACGCCCUUGUAGAAACCUUGUACAAACCCACGCCCUUGGGCCCUUGUAAAAACCACGCCCCAAACACGCCCCCCCCUUGUACAAACCACGCCCUGUACAAACCACGCCCUUGUACAAACCACGCCUUGUACCAAGAAACCACGCCCUUGUACAAACCACGCCCUUGUACAAGCCACGCCCUUGUACAAACCACGCCCUUGUACAAACCACGCCCUUGUACAAACCACCCCCGUAAAAACACGCCCUUGUACAAACCACGCCUUGUACAAACCACGCCCUUGUACAAACCACAAACCACGCCUUAUAGAAACCACGCCUUUAUAUUAGAAAACCACGCCUUAGACCCACGCCUGAAACCACGCCCUGCCCUAGAAACCACGCCUCGUAGAAACCACGCCUUAGUAGAACCACGCCCUUAUAGAAACCACGCCCUUAUUAGAAACCACGCCCUUAUAGAAACCACCGCGCCUCGUAGAAACCACGCCCUUAUAGAAACCACAAACCACGCCCUUGUAGAGAAACCACGCCUCGUAGAAACCACGCCCUUGUAUACGCCCUUGUACAAACCACAAACCACGCCCUUAGAGAAACCACGCCCUUGUAGAAACCACGCCCUCUUAGAAACCGACGCCCUUAAACCACGCCCCACGCCCCCACGCCCUAGAAACCACGCCUUAGAAACCCACGCCCUUAGAAACCACGCCCUUGUAGAAACCACGCCCUUGUACAAACCACGCCCUUAUAGAAACCACGCCCUCGUAGAAACCACGCCCUUAAACCACGCCCUUGUAUUGAAAACCACGCCCUUGUACAAACACGCACGCCCUUAUAGAAACCACGCCCUUGUAGAGAACCACGCCCUUGUACAAACCACGCCCUUGUACAAACCACGCCCUUGUACAAACCACGCCCUUAUAGAAACCACGCCCUCAAACCACGCCCUUGUAGAAACCACGCCCUUGUACAAACCACGCCCUUGUACAAACCACGCCCUUAGAAACCAGCACAAACCACGCCCUUGUACAAACCACCCCUUGUACAAACCACGCCCUUGUACAAACACGCCCUUAGAAACCACGCCUUGUACAAACCACGCCCUUAAACCACGCCUUGUAGAAACCACGCCCUUAUGUACAAACCACGCCCUUAGAGAAACCACGCCCUACAAACCACGCCCUUAUAGAAACCACGCCCUUAGAAACCACGCCCUUAAACCACGCCCUUGUAGAAACCACGCCCUUACAAACCGCCCUUUAGAAACCACGCCCUUGUACAAACCACGCCCUUAUAGAAACCACGCCCUUAUAGAAACCACGCCCUUGUAG